AAUUGCAAUUUUUGUCCGAUCCAUUUUGGGGGAGAUUUUCUGUUUGUUUACCGUUCUUGACUCGAUGUAUAAAUAACCAAGAGACUAGGGAACACAUUUUAGUCCGUCUCACGUCCAGAUCUUAGAACAUGCUGCAGCUUUCGGUGGAACGAGGUUUGGCACUGCUGCCGCUGUUGAUGUUGCUGGGUCUUUUCGCAAGUCUAGAGGCAGCCCCAUCUCCAUCGACUGAAGGAAGUAAGAAGAGCCGGCCGGAGGAGCUGGUUCGUGUCUACAGCAUAAACGCAGAGCAGUACGCGAGGGUUCUCCAGCUUACCCGGGGCAAGAAUGUGAUAUCCGAGGCGCGGCUGAUCAACGGUGGCUUUGCCACGGUCGGCGACAGCCUCAGCUCCGGCUGGCACUCUCUGCUGCGGAUCGUGGGGCUCACCACGCUGAGCAAGACCGUUGAGGAUCAAAAGGUCGACUUCGAUGGCCAGCCCUUGUGCGUGAUCAAGACGAGGGAGGAUGCGCCCAGGGAGGAGGGCUCUCCCCGGAGCUCAUCCACCAACAACCAAGACGAGGAGGAGUCUGCCAUCAACUGCAUUGUGGUGCUCAAAAAGGUACAUGAUCUGGAGCAGUCUACCCCAGAUCAGUACCAGUCGCCAGUAGUUCCUCAAGAGACAGCACCUCAAACGGCAUUAGUUCCUCCAGUGGCAUCAGCAGCCGUAGGAGAGACAGUGGAGCAGGUGGCGGAGCAGAUGGAGGAUCAGGGGCCGGAGCAGGUGCCGGAGCAGGUGCCGGAGCAGGUGGCGGAGCAGGUGGAGGAGCAAGGGGAGGAGCAAGUGGAGGAGCAAGAGGAGGAGCAAGUGGACGAGGAGAUAACCACCGAAGCUCCCCAAAGAUCUAGGUCUAAGUCGAAGAAACAAAACAUUAGCGGUGAAUUCACGACAAACGGCUUUCGGGAUGGCUACGAAGUGCCCCGCCAAUAUGGAGCUGGCUAUCCAGCACCACCGCCGCAAUACGGCGGCUAUUCACCUUAUGGUGGUUAUCCAUACAGCCCUUACAGCCCCCCCGGUGUCGAGGGUGUGCAGCCUUACGGUGCACAGCCAUAUCCACCUUAUGGCCAGUCGCUGUCGCCCUUCCCCCCACAGCAGCCAUUUGGUCUGCAGCAGCCCUUUGGUGUACAGCAACCCUUUGGUGUACAACAACCAGUCGGUGGGCAGCCGCCAAUCGGGAGUCCCUACUACCCUCAGCCAUACUAUGGACAACCCUCACCCAAUCCUUAUGCGCCCUACUCCUACUUCGAACAGACCCAAGCCCAGAAUGAGGUGGAGAUAGCAGAAGCCGACGAUGAUCAGGAUGAAGACGAGGACUCCUAUGAGGCGCAAGAUGAGGAUGAAUACGACCAUGAUAAGAAGUCGAUGAUCUAUUAUAACGAGGUUUACGUUAAUUAA